CAGUCAAAUUCACUCUGUUGUUGGAGGACGAGAAACAGAAGGAAGCAGAGCAACCCCAAGGUUGCCUUUCAACAUGGGGCACCCACAGCUGUGGCCCCUGUUGCUGCUGCUUCUGCUAAGCAAUGAGGCUUCAACACGAGAUGCAACCAGAUUUAAGCCCUUUAGAAAGUACAUCUAUGAUUAUGAAACCGAAAUCACAAAUGGCGUGGCUGGAACAGCAGAUUCCCACAGCGGCUCAAAAAUUAAGUGCAAGGUUGAGCUGGAAGUUCCACAACUCCAUAACUUUGUCCUGAAGAUGAACCAGUGUAUCCUCGAAGAGGUGUAUGGUAUUGAUGCCCAGGGAAAGGCUCUGUUAAAGAAAUCGAAGAAUUCAGAUGAAUUUGCUGCUGCCAUGUCCCAAUUCUACUCUCAGAAAAAAAUAAUUACACCAGAGUUAACAGAUGUUGCAAACUUUGUAACAUCUUUGCUUGGCAACGAAUGUUCAGGAAAUGAAGACCUCACCUUCCUGACCUUGAGGAAUGCACCUUUAUCCACCCUGAUAAGCAGCAACCAACAUUGCCAAUACACUGUGGAUACAAAGAAAAAGCAUAUAUCUGAAGCCAUUUGCACUGAGAAACACUUGUUCCUGCCUUCCUCGUACAAAAAUCAAUAUGGCAUGAUGGCGAAAGUCAUUCAAACUCUGAAAUAUGAAAGCAUUGCCAACAUCAACAACAGGAACAUGGAUGGUAAGUCUUUAAGCAAUGGUUUCCACUUUGAUUUAGUUCCUAUCAGUCAUGGAAGGCAGGGAUCCAGUCCUCCAGUCUGUGGAUUGGAUAUUAUGAAAGGAAUCAUGCUUAAUUUUGAGAAAAUGCUUAAAGAAAUCUCCAGCAAGCAGCAAACACCAGAUGUCAAAGCCUACUUCAGAAUCUUCCAAGAAGAAUUGGGCUACUUGAAACUUAGCGAUAUUAACUUGUUGGGAAAUGUGAUUCUGAAAAGCUUUAAAACCUUGCAGAGUAUACCUCAGAAAAUUGUCCAGGCCAUUUCCCAGGGGGCUGAGAAUGAUCUCAUGGCUCACUACAUCUUCAUGGACAAUGAGUUUGAGCUUCCCACAAGUGCAGGACUGCAGCUACAAGUAGCUUUCUCUGGAAUAGCCACCCCUGGAGCAAAAGUUGGAAUGAAAAUUUCACAGAGGAAUUGCAUUGAAAGCUGGACACCUUAAAUUCACCUUUCCUGCACCAAAGGGCCCAAUCAAGCUUUUCAGCAUGAGCAAUGUCUUGCAUUUGGUCACCCCAACCCGAACAGAAGUGAUCCCUCCACUGAUUGAGAAUAGAGUGUCACGACAUUCUUGCUCUCCUUUCUUCACUGGCCUUAAAUUCUGUACCAGAAUAGAAUAUUCCAAUGCUAGCUCUACAAAUGCAGCACCUUAUUAUCCACUGACGGGAGAAACUCGGUUUGAAAUUGAACUGCAACCGACAGGAAAAGUAAAGGAGUACAUUGCAAGUGCUAACUAUGAACUAAACAAAGAGGGCAAAGACUUGGUGGACACUUUAAAAUUCAUUGCUCAAGCCAAAGGUGUAAAAGAAAGUGAAGCCAAAAUCAUCUUUACAUUCAAUCGAGGCAGAAAAAUCUUUACCAGUGACUUCCAGGCCCCCGGUUUCAACAUCGAUUUUGGCACCAACCUUAAGAUUACCGAUUCCUCCAAUCAAGGAAAGAAAGUAGUUGCCUUUAUCUUAGACAUAAUCAACAAGAAAAGUCCUGAAAUUACCAUCACAGGAAGCCUAAG